AAAUAUAUUAUGGCCGUUGCCACCUUACAGCAAAACGCGUAUACGGAACUGUCGUGAUACGAAAAUUCCUCUGUCUGUCAAGAGUUAUAUAUUAUUGCCAAAUACAUUAGUGUGUACGUGGUGUAUUUAACAAUAAAUAAUGGUGACGAAGUACAGCAUAGCAAGGAUUACAGUGUAAAUAAAUAAAAAAAGUGAACUGUGAAAAUAAUAUAGCAAGGCAACAACACGGGUGGCUAAACGCGCGUUCGCGGAGUAGAAUUACGAUGAUAAGAGGGUAAAUUGAUGAGAACGUCCCAAUUAAUGAUAUUAAAAAGACUCUAAUGGGACUGACAAUCAAAUGCCAAAAUAUAACAAAAGUAAUGCAAAGACUUAUCGAUAAUUAAACAAUCAAACAAUGUCAGCAAACUAUUUCGCAGUUUUAGAUUUAGGAUAGGCUGUAAGCCAUUAAACAUUUAAGCAAUAAAAUUGCUUGUAAAAAUAAUAAUAUUGAAAUAGGAAAAAAAAAACAGAAGCAAUAAUCAAGGAGUAAAUAAUAUAUUUUCAAUGGAUAAAAAGUUUAUUACAAAGGAUACUGCUAAAUAUACCGAGAAGUAUACAUGGCCAAUCGUGAUCAAAAUAUCAAGUAAAAUUUUAAAAUUACAUGAAUGUCAGGAGCAGGCGACGUGGGUCGCAGACGCGUUGAGUGGCGCCGCAGCGCAAACACAAAUCAGCUUUACUAAUAAACAAAUUAGCACAACUAAUAAGGUAUAAAGAAUAAUUUUAGCAGCGAAAAAAGGUGCUGAAAAGGUGGCUGUUCGCUACCUAGGAUUCGGAGGUGCUGCGUGGGCAUGCAGCAGCCUCAGACACGCCCUCUCCUCGGGGACUCAGUAUCCUCUACAACUUCCCCGACAACUCGACGUGGUAAUUCGGUGACUGUGUUAACCCACCAGCAGUUACAACAAAUACAGCAAUUACAGGCCCAUAAUUCAACCGGACAACAACUGACAUUUGCAUUGCAGCAGUCGUCAAACAAUGGCCAGGACCAAGCGAACGGUUCGGCGACUGGGAAUCACAUAGUGUAUCUCAAUCAGUUGAGCCAACUGAAUCAGAAUACAAUAAACCAGUCGGGGACUGGUAUGGGCCUACCCCCGGCCGGCCCCACUUUUGGGGUGGGCCUCAAUAUGGGAUUGCCUCUAUCAUUAUUAAAUACCAGUCUUACAUCAUUAACUUCAAACGUAAUAACAACCUCUAAUCCUCUGCUCAAUAUCGGAUUGCCCAGCAUUAAUCCAGGCAUAACCACCGUAAACACGGACCUCAACACCUUGAACGCGAUAAACUCGACCUUAAAUUCAAACUUACCUUCCAACAGUAUUAGCAACGGAUUGGCUGGUCUCGCCCAAGACAUCAAUGCCAUUAAUUCCGGCAUUAAUCGGCUCAAUACUCUCAACUCCUCCGGGCUGUCCAACAUAAAUUCCGGCUUGAGUGCGAACUUGAACCAAAACUUUGCAACACUUAACGCCAACGUUGGAGAGAACAACUCUGGGCUGUCUAAUUUAAGCAGUCAUACCUCUCAGUCGUCCUCGAGCAUCAACCAAAAUUUCAGCAGGUCACUCAACGUCCUCGCGGGAAUCACUCCCAGCAGCCUGAGUUCAUGCAACACCAACUUUCCGUUCCAAACCAUCCAGAGUAUCCAGAGCAUCGCGCCGCACAUAGUAGGCUCGAGUGUAAAUCAAGUACCGAGUUCAGCGAUCCAGCAUUCUAAUUCCAGCGGGGUCUCGAUAUCCCACAGUUCGAACCUGGCUCUCAGCUCUAAUGUCUACACGAGUACGUCCAACACGCCGAUCUUAUCGACGACUGCCAGCGCGAACCAGUCGUCCAACGUCACCCACAACCAGAGCAUACAUUUGGGAGUGAUGCACACAAACCAGCCCAAUGUGUCAGCCUCACAUUUUUCAACAGUCAAUGAUUCAAUAAAUACGUUGAGUCACAUCUCGGCGAUCGGCAGCUCGCACAACACCGGGUACCAGCAAAGACAGUUCUCUCAAGCUCAGAAUUCAAAUUUGGGCUCGAUAAACAUAUCCGGGAACCAGACCUCCAACACAGUCAAAACAGUCCAAAAUAUUCAGAGCCAGAACGUCAGCUCUCCUGGUAGUCCCUUUUCAAUGCCGUUGAAGAGUCCGGCUUCGAAUAUCGCCCCGCCAACGCCCAGUCCAAGUCCGAACCGAGUGUUGCUUCGCAGUCCAGCUUCUAACUCGAUCCAGUCGAACAGAAACAGCCCCAGUCCGGUUGCCACUUCGAAUAGUAAUUUUAACAUGCAACUGCAAAGCCCGAUGCAGAGUCCAAUGAGUGUUGGCCAGAUACAGAGUCCAGCUCCAAGUCCGUACCCUCCUGCUAAGAGUCCCCAUCACUUGGGGUCCAGUACCACGCUCAAUAACAGGAGUCCUGCUCCUGGUGGAAGUCCAGGUCCUCCUGUUGUUAGGCCUAACACGCCGAUUCUCCAGCAAGGGAUGCAAGUGUUGCAAAUUAUUGGCACACCACAGGGCUACCAGCAAGCCUCGUCACAAUUAGUCACGCGGACACAUCUUUUUGGCAAUCAGCAAAUCCAAAUAGCCGCUACCAAGCCUGCCAAACAGCCACCGCAAAUAUUACCAAAACCACCCAAUCAGCAAGGAGUCGCGACACAGCAAAAACAACGAGUGACAACGACUAUUACUAACCAGGUGACGCAGCAAACACAACCACAAUUGGUAUUAGCUAGUCCCCAGCAGAAUCCAACUGGUACAGCAACAAUGAUACCCACAGCACAAGGUCUUUUAUUAAAUCAGGUUUUGCCGUCAAGCGGACCUGUCAUUGUGCAGCAGCAACCCGGUGGCGUUCAAUUAAUACUCCGAGCACCAACGAAUGCUCAACAGCAAACGCAUACUGCACAGUUGACUCAACAACAACUCGUACGAGUUAUCACUGCACAAGGUAUGCAGAUGCAAGGACUCACGCCGACAUUUUUUGCCGUACCUAAUGGUUUUUCAACACCAGCUCCUUCCGUACUUAGGCAUACACCUACAAGCCCAGCACCUGCAAAUACAGCAAAUAAUAAUCCAAUAGUAAUCCAGAACGCGAUGGUCCAGAGUCCACAGCCUCAGAUGAACCAAGUGAGUUCUUCAAAUACGAAUCACGUGUCAGCAGCUCCACCGCCUCAGCAGCCGACAGUUGUUGAACAGAAUUUGCUUCCGCCGCCGAAGAAAAAAGCCAAGAAGAAAAAGAAAGCCAAGAAAAAAGACGAGGAGCCUCCGAAGCUUGACCUUGCCAGUAUCAUGAAAAUAUCUGGCAUCGGUGACGACGAUGACAUGUUCGACACGGACACGCUCCCAGACAAUGAGCCCUCGCAAGUCCAUGUUGAACAGCCUGUUCAGCAUCUAGGCCAGUUAUCUCCCCACCCGCAGAUGUCGAACAGCAGUCAAAGCAUACCCCAAUCUCAGUCUCAACCUCAAUCUCAACAUCAGCCAGCAAUUAACACCCCCAACAUCCAGUCUACAACUCCCACGACGGAUAAUUUCGGCGGUAGUCAAUUGGUAGCUCAGCUACAGAUGCCGGUGCAAAAUGCGAUCUCUGGUCAACUGCGACUAGCUGUCGGUGAAGAUGGUAGAGUGGUACUUCAUCACACUCCGGACCCAAACCAGCCCGAGUUGGAUCAAGCUACUGCUCAAGCUUUAAUCAGAUCUCUCAUCCAAGGCAAUAGUCAGAAUUCUCAAAUAAUCUCUCAGCUUCUUGGCCACGCACAAACUCUAGCUCAACAGAAUGUACAGCCUCCGGAGCCUGCGACUCCACCUCCAGUAAAUAGACCAAAAAAUUCUGUUAAAGCUCCGACUCCAACUCCGACUCCUCCGGCUCAAGUUAAUCCGACCUUUAACCAAGUUAAUUCUUCGCCAGUGACUUCUAUGUCUCAGCAAGUCCAUGGCGCCAAAAUUUCCUACACUCACAAUUCUCAGAACGCACCCCAACCUAAUACCAAUAUUAAUGUUAACCAGAGAACCGACUCGGUAGCAUCUUCGCCGUCCUCUUCAAUCAACAGUUUGCAAGCUUCGCAAAUUACCAAAAAUAUUCAGUCGCUAAAUGCUGGUGUACAAUUGUCUAAUGCGGGGAUUCAUAUUGCUGUUGGACCAAUGUCACCUAAAUCAAGCUGUAAUUUAUUCAUCGAAUCUGGGAAAGUUAAUCAGCAGACUGUAACCCCUUCGAAUACUGGAAUUAAAAAAUCGCCGAUGCAAAAUGCUCGGCAAAAGUCACAGGGCCAAGGAAAUGUCAUUAAUCGCAAUGUUAAUGUCAAAAACACUCGCACUGUUUUACAGAAAAAUCAACAUGAAAAACCUCAGCAACAACAGCAAAUUCAACAACAGCAACACCAGCAGCAGCAGCAACAACAACAACAACAACAACAACAACAACAACAACAACAACAUCAGAACGAGCAAAUUAACCAACAAAAUUUACAGCAAAUUUCAACCCAAACAAUUCAGUCGCUAAAUGUACAAAGAGUUCUUGAGCAAAAUCUUCACAAAAUAACUGUUUCUGGUGUUCAGCAAAAUUCUAUGAAUCUUGUCCAUCAAAAUCCAGCUAAUUCGCAGCAGUCGAUGCAGAUUUUACAGUCUAGUGAUAAUAUCCAGCAAGGGAUUAAUAUUUUAGCUCCAAAUAUUCAGAAUGUCGAUCAAAAUUUGCAAGGAUUUGAAACUCAACGAAAUCAAGAAGUUGUCGAUGCAAUUCAUCAACAUCAGCAACAGCAGCAACAACAGCAGCAGCAACAGCAACAUCAGCAACAACAACAACAACAGCAACAACAACAACAACAACAACAACAGCAGCAACAACAACAACAACAACAACAACAACAACAACAACAACAACAACAACAUCAGCAACAACAGCAACAACAGCAACAGCAACAUCAACAAACUAUAACAAAUCUAGUUAAUUUAAAUCUACAACAGCAGCAUCAAAAAAUAAUUGGUACAAAUAUUCCUUGUCAAAAUUCUCUGCAAUGCGAUACGCAAAAGAUAAUAAACUCCCAGCCGAAUGUCCAGCAACAAAAUAUAUUUUUCUCAAGUGAUCCGCACUUGGUAAACGUAACCCAGGGGACAGAUCAUACGAAACAGAAAGUAGAUCUCCCGAAUGUCGACAUGCUGAAUAAUUCACCUGGAACUAAUAUAUUUAAUCCUUUAGGUAAUUUAAAUCCAAACGACCAAAUAUUAAUAGCGCACCCGAACGGGCAGAUGCAUAUUAUCAACCAGCAGUCUUUCCAGCAAUUGUUGGCAGCGAAUCAGUUGAGCACAACUCAGCAGAGCCAAAACCAGCACCAAAAAAUUGUUAUAGGAGACUCUGAAGCAUCUCAGAAUUUACAGGGUGUCCAAAUAAACACACCAACCAGUCAGAUUAUUGUAAACAGCUCCGGUGGGGCUCCAACGAUACAAAACAACAUCCAGAACAUCGUAGUGCAAGCUGCGCCCUCGCAGAUGCCUCACCAGAUUCAGAUCCAGAACUCCGGGUUCCCGAGUCAGUUUAUUGAUAAUCUGAACCAGCAGCAGAUAAGAAAUCUGUCCAACAACCAGCAGAUGAAUCAGCAGCCAGCUCCAGUUAAGAAGACUAAAGUUGUCAAGAGAAAACCCUCCGCUGCUCAAAUGACUGGGUUCAAUGUGAAGACGGUGACGAGGCCAAUGACGAGUUCCACGACUACGGCGACGACCUCGGUGAGAGUUGACGGGAAAGUCCAAACAACUCCGUCACCAUCGGCGCCUCUCAGUAUAAAUCCCAGCAAGAGUGAGUGUCAGAACAUCGGCAAUGGCAGAGUUACGUCUCCCAGCACCCCAACGAACGGACAACCCGGCAGGAAGUUCAUCCAGCUGCCAAUAUUUAAAGAGCAAAUGCUGAAGAACAUCCAGAAUCAGAUCCACGCCAUCAAUAGUCGAAAGCAAAUCACUCCUGGUGAUAGAACUCAUCUCAGCAAACUCUUUCAGGAGCGAGAGAAAAUUCUUGCCGGUGGAAAAGUCGUCAGCGCACCACCUGGGACCAUUCCGACGGGAACCGAGACCACGUCGCAUUCGAGCAUUUCUUCACCUACAGUGUUCUCAGUGUCGCAACCUUUGGCGAAUAAAAAUCCAACGUCGACGGUCGAGACUCAAACUCCGGCUGUUCCUGUUUCUUUAAAUACUCAGUGCGUUAAUGCAAACAUAAAAGAUCUCGCAGCAAGUGGGGCUGGUUGUGAUGCAGUGAUAAGCACUGUUGGCCAGAGCAUGCCCAAUAUUUCAAACACUGGUACUAGUUUGCAGCCUCCGGUGAGCAAACAACCUCAGCAGAAGUUUUACCAGGUUCACAAUAACCAGCUGGUAAGUCCGUCCUUGUCUACCGCGCCGUCGACGACCGCUCAGACUCAGAUACUAAAUCCGGUACCGAUUGUCACUCAGCAACAGUCGGCUCAGUGCCAGACCGACCCGCCGGAUAUUAAGCCAGACAUUAAACUGCUGAGUCCAAUUAAGCAGGAAUUGUUGUCACCGGUCCAGGUCCAGGCACAACUUCAAGUACAAACUACCCCGGUCGCUACGUCGCCGAGAGUCCCCAUUCCUAACCAGAGUAUCCAGAACCCGAUAACUGUUCCCUGUGGGAAUAAUAAUAACAAUAGUAAUAAUAAUAUUAAUAGUAAUAACAGUAAUAAUAUUAAUAAUAGUAAUCUGAGUGGCCAGACUGUGAAAAUAACUAAUCCUCCGGCGGAAAGUCCCAAGCAGGGGAUUAAAAGACCGGCGACUAGUCCGAUUUGCCGGCAGAUUAACCGAAGCGAUGUGAUAGAAAAACAGCUGAAGCUUGAUCAGGCUGGAGCUACCAACCCGGAUGUAAAUACUCCUUUCCUUGAUAAGAAAAAUGCUUGUGAAAGGCUUCUUAACUACCAUUGCUUAAAUGAGCAAGUGUUGAGCGCCAAGGAUCUCGCUAAAGCCGACGAAAUAUUCGAGGAGACGGCUAAACAUUUACUUAAUAAAUUUAAUUUGAUGGUUAAUAAGUACACCUAUCUGCUGCUGAUGGACAGUAUGCGGGAAGUUAGGACGUCUGAGCUCAUGAUGAUUGAUCGGAUAUUUGUUAAUGAUGAAACUAAAGCCAAUGAAGAGUUGAAGAAAGAAGAAAAACCAAUAUUCCCAAAAUUAGAAGCAGACCCAAUGGACGAAGAAAAGCCAGUGUCUUCUCUAGCAAACAUCUCAGUGAAGAAAGAACAGGAGGAGGACUUUUCGAGUAUCGAGGGAGAUUCCAAAUUGAACCUAAAGCCGUCUAGUAGCACGAGUGGUGACUACGACGAGUGGCUAGAGAUUCAAAAAGAACUGGGAGUUUAUCACUCGACUGGUGAUUCCUCAAAGUGCAAAAACAUAAGCGCGAGUGGUGGUGUUAAUGUAGGUGUAACUGGGACGACGGUGAAGCCCUCGAGGACCGAAAGAACGCGAAAUAACGGCGAAAGCCUUCCCCUACGUGCCGGUUGUGUGAGUUUCUCAAGUGCCGCGAUACCAAGUACUAUGUUGAAGAACGUGAUGAUCGAGUCGGACAUGUCGAUGGAGCCGAUGCUGGCCGGCGAGAAACGCUGGUGCUCCGGGGCGAGUUGCGCGACUGAGCUCGAGCGGGACUUGCUCGAGGACACCGACAGCCUCGACGAGCUGGCCUUCCACUCUCAGGUGCACUCUCUACCCGGGGACAUCGACACCAGCAACAUCCUCGAACACGACGACAUCACCGCUCAAGUCCAGUCGGCUAUCGACAGUAUUUUGAAUCUCAAAAAAAGACCCUCUAGCUCGACGGCGACCACCAGCGCUCCCGGCGCAUCCCAAUCUAGUGAAUCUAAAGACCCAGUGCUCGAUCAAGCGGUCCGUAGCAUAAUGGGCUCGUGACCCUCCUCGAAAAAUAAAGUAUGUUGAACAUUCUUUAAGCGUUAAGGUUUUAAACAGUAAUAUUAAUAAUAAAUUUACCACACAGUUAUCUUAUUUUAUGUGUAUUUAUCACCUUUUUAAUAUAAUAAGGAUGGUAAACAACGGUUGUAACGCCACCAAUGUCUUUCACAAACAAACA